AUGCUGGUUUCCAUACCCUUUAUUAUUGACAGCAAUUUUCUUUCAGAUUCCAAAAAAAUCAUCCGUGAAAGGAUAAUACCAUGGGAAGGUUUGGCAAGAUCUGGAGUUGUUUCAGAAGAAGAUGCAAACCAUAUCAAGAUAUUAGAAAAACAGUCGGCUGAAAAUAGGGAUGCCACUGUGAAGGCACAACUUGAUUUGUACUCCAAGAAUUUGUUCAAUAUCUUGAAUAAAGUUGGGGAAAAGGAUGAUGUGAUUAAAAACGUGUUAACUUUGAUCAAUGAUUUAUUGUUGAGUGUCCCAGAAUUUUUAGACUCACUUUGCAAACUUCACCUGUAUGAGCCAUUUCUCAAACAUUUGCAAAAGGACUUGUUGAUAAGAUCUUUGGCAUUGUAUAAUUUGACUAUAUUGUUGAGAAAUGGUGGCGAAGAUACUGUUGAUAAGAAGGUGGUUAUCCAAGUAUUCAGCUCAAUUACGCUGCUCAUUGAAAAUGCAGACUCCAACUAUCAAUUCAUUGGAGUUCAGCUUUUUCAAGAAUUAAUUACAAAUAAAUCAUAUAAACUUAUCUUUCAGCAGAAUGACUUCAUCUCCAAUUUCAAACCAAUCAACAACUUAAUAGAUAAACUGGCAAGUCACCACAAUGCAACUGGGUUGCAACUUUCAUACAAUGUUUUAUUGGCCACUUGGAUUUUAUCAUUCAAUGCCGAAAUCAAUAAAAUGAUUGCUCAUAAUUUCCCACAGUUGGCAGGGAAUUUACUCACAAUUGCAAAAGACUCUAUAAAAUUGAAAAUUGUUAGAAUCUCAGUUGCAAUUCUCAAGAAUUUUAUUAGUGUAUGCGUGUCACCACAAGAGCAGUUCAAAGUGAUUAAGUUGUUUCUCUUUCAUGAUGCGUUGAACACGGUGAAUACUUUAAAGGAAAGAAAAUUUGCAUCUAAUGGAAGCGACGAAGAGUUGUUCAAUGACCUCGCGUUUUUAUCGGAAACCCUAUAUGAAGUUGUUUCGACAAAGUUGUCUUCAUUUGACGAGUAUCUCACGGCUUUAGAAAACCCCAAGUUGAUUAGUUGGGCUUCGCCAACUCACAAGUCCAACGAGUUUUGGUUAGAAAACUCACAAAAAUUCAAAGAUUCAAAUUUCAAACUAAUCAAGAGAAUAUUUGAAAUUUUAAACACCAGUAGAAAUGAUUCAACGAUUUGCAUAAUAUUAUUGAAUGAUUUGCAAUUCUUGAUAAAAAACCUUGGUCACGAUUUGGUGCACUUUAUAAACACAGAAAAGGGCGGACUGUACAAGGUGUUGGUCAUGUCGUUUUUGGAAAAUAACCAAGGUAAUAACGAAUUGAAAUAUGAAGCUUUAAAGACAAUUCAAUUACUAGUUGGUCAUAGCUUUUAA